AUGGCUAUUGCUGUGUGGGGAAUGCACUUUACUGCAUAUGCUGGAACCCAUUAUUAUGACACUGGAAAACUUGUCAAAGAUAAAUUUUUCAUAAAUGAUAAUAUAUUUAUUGGAAAAACAGAACUUUUUGAGCGAAAAAUUGCUUUAGGUGCCGCUAUAUAUAAUGAAGAAGGAAUGGUAUUGGUUUCAGUUGAAGGGUUAUUACCCUUGGUAAAAAUCGGUGACAAUGAAGAUGAUGAGAUAAAAGUACAAAACAAACGCAAAACUUCUCGUUCUACAAUGUUUAUUGAAUCCUUUAUGUUAAAUGCUCGACAACUUGCCGAUUCUCUAAACAUUCCUUUUGCUGAAUCUGGUGUAUUAUACGAUCAAAUCCUUUUCACCGGUUAUGAAUCAUCAUCAACUGAAAAACAUUUGGCUCUUGAGAAAAUAAAUCUCAACGAUGUACAUGCUACGUCAACUUCGUCUACAUUUUCUUCAUUGUGUGAUGGCUCUCAACAACAGACAAUAACAUCUCAACAAUACAAAGGUCAAAUAUUGUUCAUUGUAAAACAAAUUAAACCUUCUGACAAUAUUGUUAAAUAUUCAAAUAACAACGCCGAAUGUCCAUAUCGUAAUAAAAAUAGAGAUAAAGGGAUUAUUGAAAACUUUCAAAAAUUAGGCUUUAGAUUCGCUAAUCCUAGAUUAAUAGCUCCAAUAAUGGCUCAAAAAGUUGGUAUUUCUGUAAGACAAAUGCAGAAUUAUUUAGAAAAGAUGUUUCAAUAUUCGAAUUCGGGAUUAAAACCUUUCUUAGAAGCUGAUAGCGUUUAUGCUGGAUUAUUUGUUACAAGAAAUGAAAAAUUUUAUGGUGAUCGUGAUCUAGAUUCUAUUGGGAAUGGUCUUGAAAUAUUAGUAAUGGAAAAUUGUCGGCAUCAAAUUCCGGUUUCUAAAUUACCUACAAUUAAAACUCUCGGAAAGAUAGAAAUGGAUCAUAUAAAAUCAAAAGAAGGAAUCCAUCUGAGCGAUUUAAUUUUACAACUUAGAACCUCAUUUCUUGGUGCAAUUUCAAAUUUAGAUUUAAGACGAGCUUCUAGAAAUUAUCUUAAAUUCAGCAAAAGUUAUUUUAGACAAAAUUCAAUCGACCAUUUAAAAGACGAUGUUGAUUCUUUAAAAUUAACUGCUCAACAAAAUGAAAUGUUGGAAGGAUUUAGAUAUGAAUUAAUGCAAUCCUUGCAUAGGCUAACUCAUAUUGUUAGUGAAGAGCAACUAUAUUCUAAUGCUAAACUAGUACCUAAAAUUUUUGAUAUACUGAUACCGACAACUUCCUCUGAUUCUAUAAUAUCUCAAUCAUCAGAUCCCAAUAUAAUAUAUUCAAAUGAAUCAUCAGACCCUGAUAUAAUACCUCUAACAGAGAUCAAUGUUACAACAAGUGAAGUUUGUUUCUUACCUUUUGGAAUGUUUGAAGCUUAUCAAAACGUUCUAUAUUAUGAUUCAAAAAAAUUUGGCAAGUGUAUGCAAGAUCCAGAUGAAAAUCAAAAUAAGGGAAAAAAAGAAAAAAGGACUAUUAAUAAUGAUGAUACAAGUGAUAAUAAGAUAUUAGGUGAAAGAAUUGAGAAUAAUAAGAUAGAGAUUGUUGUGGAAAAUAAACCGACACAUGAAGAUUUCUGGACUUAUAAAAAUUUUUUAAGUUUAUUACAAUCAAGAUUAACAAAAGAUAUUCGACAAAAUGAUCAUACACGGCCUAUAGAUGAGAAACG